AUGGAGGAGGGGAGGAGGGGGACGAGGACGGUGCGGGUGCGGAACAUCUCAGAUCUGGCCGGGGAGAGGGAGGUGCGCGAGUUCUUCUCCUUCUCCGGCGAAAUCGACCACGUCGACAUCAGGCCUGACGGGGCGGCGGCGGGGAGGACGGCCUACGUCACCUUCAAGGACGCCAAGGCCCUGGAGAUCGCGCUGCUGCUCUCGGGAGCAACAAUUGUGGAUCGAGUUGUGAACAUAACCUCUGCUGAAGAUUACAUCUACAUCCCUGUUAAUGAACAGCAACUUGUGGUGAAUGAGGCGACAAGUACAGCUCCUACUGCAGAUUUGGAACAACCUACUGAGGCCAACACAAGCCCCACUAGUGUUUAUGCCAGCAAGGCUCAUGAUGUCAUGACAACUGUCAUCGCAAGGGGUUCAGCAAUUCGACAAGAUGCUGUGAACAAAGCUAAAUCAUUUGACGAGAAGCAUCAGUUAAGGGCUAAUGCAUCAGCUAGGAUCAGUUCCUUUGAUAGGCGUGUUGGCCUUUCAGAGAAGUUAAAUACUGGGAUAUCAGUCGUAAAUGAAAAGGUGAAGACUGUGGACCAAAGGUUACAUGUUUCUGACAAAACAAUGGCUGCUUUGCUGGCUGCAGAGCGCAAGCUAAACGAUACAGGCUCUGCUGUGAAAACUAACAGGUAUGUGUCUGCUGGAACAAGCUGGCUGAAUGGUGCCUUCAGCAAGGUUGCCAAGGCUGGUCAUGUUGCUGGCUCAAGAACAAGAGAAAAGUUCCAGAUAGCUGUGUCAAAUAUAUCAGCCAAAGGGCCAGCUGUCGUUGCUUGA